GAAAAAAUCGAAGUCAGCAAACUGAAUAUUAUCUUCUCUGUCGUUUUAGUUCAGAUAAAGUGAUACAAUGCCGCCAAAUAAAGAUCACGUUAACCCAGAAAAAUGUACAAAGGACUGUUCUACUGAAAUUUCAGUGGAUCCAAGCUUGAAAUGGAGAGAUUUCAACCAAAAACACAAAAGAAGUGACGGAUCUGAAAUUCCAAGUUGUAUUUUUUCCUCAACAAUGGAAAAUGACAAUCGAAAUAUGACUGUGAAUUCAUCUUUAAAAAUUGCAGCAUUUGACUGGGAUUGGACUCUUAUUAAGACAGUCGAUGGACGAUUAUUUGAUGAUUCAGAAAGCACUGCAGAAGUAACAUGGCUUUAUGACUGUAUACCUCAUAAACUACGUCAAUUAUACAAAGAUGGAUUCACUAUAGCAAUAUUCUCAAAUCAACCAGGGAUUGAGAAAAGGACCACAACUAUAGAAGAAGUGAAACAAAGAAUUGAUGAUGUUAUCAAUAGCCUGGGGGUUCCAGUAAAUGUCUUUAUCUCUACAGGGUACAAUGCAUGUAGGAAACCCAGCCCAGAUAUGUGGAAGAUAUUCUUGGAGCACUUUACAAGUUCAGUCUCUCAGGUUGAUAUGAAAGAGAGUUUUUUUGUUGGUGAUUCGGCAGGUCGUCUCGCAGAUUGGAGUCCAGGGAAACCCGCUGAUUUCCACUGUGGAGAUAGACAGUUUGCAGCUAAUGUUGGGAUAGAUUUCCAUACUCCUGAAGAGUUUUUUCUGCAAGAAGAUAGCGCUCCAUUCCAGUGGGAGAAAGUCUAAUAUAACAGAGGGCAUAUCCAAGAGGGAUACCUUAUACAGUGGAAGAUAUUUCAAUGAGACAAUAUUGUCAAUAAGACAAAGCCUAAUAUAAUGACAAAUGUUUCAAUGGGAGAAGGCUUCAUAUAAUGAAAGGUAUAAAUGUAACACAAAUCACUCAAUCUAAUACUGCUGAUUUGAGGAGAUAUUUUUAGUCAAUGUGGUAUUUUUGGAAAAAAAUAUUAUUGUUAAUUCCAGUUUGUGAUAUUCAGUUGACGUUCACUCGAAUUUUGGAAAUUUUGGGGUUUUGUUCCUUUUGAGCACCUGUAAAAUGGAACACCUCUAUAAGUGGAACACCUUUAUUAGUGCUUUCUUUAGCACAACCAAGGGUGUUCCACAUCUGCAUGUUUUA